AGGGGCGCGGCCGGCUUCCGCGCGCGACGCCCCCCUGCGGGGCCGCGGGCGCCUGCCUCACCUGGCGGCGCGCCAAGGCGGACGACAGCUCCCGUAUAUACGGCCGAUCGAGAAAACGUUCACAAGCUGGAGGCGCACCCCCUCGGGACGCUUCUCCAGGGCUCCUCAGAAGGGGGUCCGCGCCCAAGGAGGGCGGCGGCCACGGCGCGCGCGCGCGGCCAUGCCCUCCGCGACGGUCGGCCUCUACACCAACUACAUUCAGGAGAAGGUGAAUCCCAUCUUCGAGAGCAUGGUCGCCGCCGUGCUUCUGCAGCAGCCCCAGGACCCCGCCGAGUUCAUGGUCGGCUGGCUCCUGCGGCAGGACCAGCACGACCGGGGCGAGUUUGCCCUCCUGGCCGAUGCGAACGAGAUCGCGAGGCUCACGCAGGAGGUGGAGCGGCUGCGGCGACUCAAGGCCGAGCUGCAGGAGUCCCUGCGGGCCCAGGACGCGCCCAGCUGAGACGCGCCCGGCGGCGCCCGCGUGCCGGGGCAAGCCCGCGCGUUUCGGGAGGGGGAUGCGAUAACCAGAAGGAGGGCGCGGCGGGGAGCUCCAGAAAGCGGCCCCCGCCUCCCGGCGCGCCUCCCAGGCGCCUCUUCGCGUUCUUAGGCCACGGCCCCAGCCCCGCGUCGGUCGCUGGCGGGCUGCGGCGGGCGCGAGAGGAGACGGCCGCGCCCCCUUCUUCUUUUUUCAUUAUUCC